AUGUCGGGAGCGGAUAUGGACGCCACUACGUUCGAUAACCGCGGCUCAAAUGCCAAUCAAACGCCCCAAGUAUUUGGAGCCUCAAACCCAGAUGGUUCCCCCCUAACACCAUCCCUCCCGGGCACGGCUUUCGCGGAAGAUAAUAACGAUGCAAAAAGGAGGAGGAUUGCUAGAGCAUGCGACAUGUGUAGGAAAAAGAAGAUAAAAUGUGAUGGGAAAAUGCCAAAAUGUUCGCAUUGCAUAAACUACAAGUCCGAGUGUAUCUUUACACAAGUGGAAAAGAAACGAAAUCCUCCCAAAGGGGCAAAGUAUAUCGAAGGACUCGAGAACCGAUUGGGACGCAUGGAAUCGUUACUUCGGCUCUCUGGACUUUUAUCUGAGACUGAUGCCAGAAAGACUGAUUUAGGAAUGCUAGAAAAAAGAUUGGCAGACAGGGCAGCAUCGCCAAGUUCACAGCAACAGCAACAACCACAAGCUCCCAAAACUUCCACUAUACCCACAACCUACAAUACUUUCGUGGGCUCGUCAGCGUCUCCUUCUAAUUCUACCCCCCGUGGUGAUCUGAAUGCUAGCCCGAGGGCUUCAACAACUGCGGAAAGCCCUGAUUCCCAGAAAGAGUCUGAAGCAGAGGUUGAUUCUCUUUCAGACAUGAUGUGCUCCUUGGUUACGAAUAACUGCGGAGAAACGCGAUAUAUAGGGUCCUCCUCUGGAUUCUCUAUAUUUUCUCCAAAGGGCAUCCAAUGGGUGAAUGAGAAAACGGGCGAUUCCUCUUUCCAGCAUAUGAUCUCAUCUGCAUGUGUGGAUGACAACAAAUGGAUAUACUGGAAACCAGAAAUAUUUAGCGACAUAUUUGCCCGUCGGGUUUUUAAACCUUUACCACCCAAAGAGGAAGCUCUAUCUCUCUUUAGGGAUUAUUUCGAAAAUUUCAAUUGUAUAUUCCCUCUAUUUCAUGAACCUACUUUCAUGCAUCUAGUUGAAAAGCAAUAUUCAAGAGAUCCAUAUGAAGGUUCUGGGUGGUGGGCUAGCAUCAACGUAGCUUUGGCGAUCGCGCACAGGCUACGGGUAAUGAGCAAUCUUGCCCCUCAGGAAGAAGAUAAAAAGGCAUGGCUUUAUCUCAAGAAUGCCAUGGGUGUGCUUACGGAGCUUACAAUGAGAAAUACCGACCUCCUAAGUGUACAGGCUCUGCUUGGAAUGGCGUUAUUUCUUCAAGGGACACCAAAUCCUCAGCCUUCAUUCUUCCUUGUCGCAGCUGGAAUCCGUCUCUCUCACAGCAUAGGCCUGCACAAGCGUUGUUCGGGCUUCGGUCUAAAUCCGGUGGAGCUUGAGCAACGGAAGCGUGUCUUUUGGAUUGCCUACAUCCUAGAUAAAGACAUCUGCCUCCGAUCCGGUCGCCCACCCGUGCAAGAUGAUGACGACAUGAAUGUAGAACUUCCCAGUGAGGAUCCUCCCGACAACAUUGGAAACGUUCCCCUUUCGGAUAAUAAAGGGAAAAUAAACCUGUUCCGCCUCAUGUGCAUAUUCGCAACUAUUGAGAGCAGAGUAUACAGACAACUAUAUUCCACCAAAGCAUCACGACAAUCUGAUGGUGAGCUUCUCAAUACCAUCGGCGAGCUAGAUCAUGAACUUGAGGAAUGGAAGAAUAGCAUUCCUAUAGAUUUCAGGCCUGAACAUGAAAUAAAGACCACCCAUAGGCCUCUAAUCCUACCCAUUGUUGUUCUUCAUUUUGCAUACUACAAUUGUCUGACCACUAUACAUCGAAUGUCUGUCCAUCAUGGAUAUUGGACAAGUCGUCUUUCGAACUACGCCAUACAAGGAUUAAAUGCUCGGCCACUCAACCCUCGAGUGUUCUCGUCUGCCAUACUCUGCGUGUCAGCUGCUCGGGCAUCGAUCAACCUUAUUAAGUACAUUCCACAGGGUGAUUUUGCUUGUGUAUGGUUGAUUCUUUAUUUCCCUAUAUCAUCCUUGGUAACACUUUUUGCCAACAUCUUGCAAAAUCCACUGGAUGCAAGAGCUCGAUCAGAUGUUAAACUUAUGAAUCUUGUGGUGAAUUUCCUCUCGAUGCUCGCUACAGAUGAGUCCAAUGGUAGCGUCAAGCGCAUGCUCAGCGUUUCGCCCUCAGAUGCAGACGACGGAGUACCCCAAAGUAUCAAAUGCCCAACAACAGCCAUUAAUUCACCAUUGCUGGCGCACAUUAACCACAAUAUAUCGAGCACAUCAUCGAGUACAUUCCCAUCACCUCAGACAUCAUCACAGAAUGCAUUUGAUACAGUGAUCAACGAGGAUAUCUCAGCUGCACAAUUGAAGAAUACCGCAAGAUUUAACCAGGAGCUCAAUGAUAUUAUUGGUGGCCCUGGAUUAAAUGUCAAUCCUGGAAUAUUCAAUGUUGACCAACAGCUUCCCAGCAACGACUCAAUGCCCCUGGAUGUAUCGUCCUUCCAGCAACCUUUUGUCCCUCAGGAUUUAUGGCAGAUGCCUAUGACCCUUGAAUGGGACUGGGCGGAUAUGUCCAACGGCUUUCCGUUUGCUAAUGGGGCUACAGAGUAG